ACUUUGGGUAAUUUUUAUAUGCUUAGUAUACUCUUCAUGCUGAUGAUCAAUAGACCAUCGUUGCUUCAUCUCUUUAAAAACGUUUUGAUGCUCUCGAAAUAGAGUUUCGUAAUGCAUAAAUAUUCCAGCCGAAACGCUGAAUGGGGUUUCAAAUAACAUUAUGAAAAGAGUAAAAUAAAAGAUAGGGGUUUGAUACUUAGGAUUCUCGGUUUGAAGUUGGUUUAGGCAUGUUUAUCUGAAAGAAAAUAUGUUUAAGGUGCUUAUCACCCUCAAUCUUUCUAACCUAUACAAUCCUUAGUCUUGAUUUGGAUUAUCUUCAUGGUUUUGCGUUUUUCGUGAACAUUGAGAUUCCAGUCAAUAUUUUUAGGCGUUGAGAGCCGACCAAUCAGUAAAUCAUGGAGCUAAUGAACUCGUUUUGCCUAUAGCAUGAUACGUGCUGUCGAUUGCUCAAAUGCGUCUAAACACCUGUGAUUUUGUUCCUACUCAUUCAUCAAUGUCAAACACUCAGAACCUUUAGGUUUAGGUGCAGGGAAACAGUGUAUUUAUGAGUUGAAAUUUAUGGUUAUAGACUAGUGUCUACCUUUCUCAAGUCCAUCUUAACCCAUUUUAAUACAGUUUUAACACCAAGAUCUGGUUCCCAAACCUCAUUCAUAAGGUAACUAGAAUUUCCUGGUGGUUUAAGCUUUUUUGACUUGAACAAGUGUGCGACAAAUGAAUUGUAUCUAAUCUGUCACCAAUAAAUUCAAACUGGACGUCUUAUUAACUACUUUCUUUACGUAGACACCAUUCGCCUACUACAAAUCAGAAGCACAUCAUGAAACAUUUUCUUUGACCUACUACCAUUUUUAGUCAUGUAGCUCUUUCAUGUAAUUGCCAAAUAAAUCGACACUCUUCGGGUGGGGUUUUGUGAAACUAAAUUUCACAUGCGUAGGUUAUGAUUAGGCUGUUAAUGACGAAAUCUUGUGACAAUCAGGUAUUAAUUUUUCUUCAUGAAUAGUGAUGUACUUCUAAGAUAAGUGAACUUUUGGUAGUGUUACUGUUGAGAUCGAACCGUUUCGUACUCUUGUUUGUGCCAUAUGGUGCUUUCGAUCCCAGUUUUUUUUUCGUACUAAUAAAUCAGCGAAUGUCGUCCGAUGUAUAAAAGAUGGAAACCACAGGUUAGGACGGUAUUUAUUGUCUCAGAAAAUAUUCCUUGGUCAACGAACUCAAGAGAUAAUAAUCUAAACAGCUAUUCAGCAAUCAUGUUCUCAUACUAGUGUAAAAGCUAUCUAAUUAACAAAGUAGUGCCAACUAAGCGGUGGACUUUAAUAAGCCUAUCAUUUUACUCAGUCCAUCUUUCUAAAAAUUGUAUUUAACCUUUUAUCUAGGUACUUUGUUUGUGUUCAAAGGAUAUUGACAUUCGGUACUAAGGAUGUCUUUCAUUCAUAGCUGCUUAAGAAAUGGGUUUAUCAAUUGUCUUACUUCUACCUACCAAGCUUGAUAUUUUGACCUUUUUUCGGCCAGUAGUUUAUUUUUAUUGAGGAAAUGUGCAGUUGUUUAUAGGAUUACCUUUACAUGCAGAAAUGUGACUUGAUAGUACAAUAGGUACGUCAAAUAUUAAGUAUUUAUUUAAUUUAUUUGAAUGCCUACGUUCAUACCUAAAGCUAGACCAUUAAGUCAUUACUGCACAUUUUUCGUUAGGGAAAUUUGAAUUAUUUUUAGCAUUACCUUCAGAUUCACCCUCUUAUCUGAAGUAAUAGAUAUUUUAAUCUUUAUCACUUGUUUUCACUUUUUUCGUUUUUUUCAACUUAUUUCAUCUUAUUCCCUUACUAUUAAACCAGUGCGAUGUAGCGUAUUAAAGUGUACAUACUGAACUCCUAGCUAGCUGAAUCGAAAUAUCCGUAUAGCACUUACGUUUUUAUCUAUCUUGUUCUCAUCCAUGUCACUGGUUAACAAAGAGCAUACACUUUUAAAAUGCUUUUGUUUGGUUUCUCAUAUUUGGCAAAUGUAUAAAUUAAUGUCUCAUUUUCGUAUUCUUUAAAAUAUAGUUCUAUUCAAUACUGUACUUCAUUAUUUUUUUUUUCAGAUAACUUGCAGACCAACUUUAUUGUUGAUCCUUAUAAGUGUCAUGUAAUUCUUUUAUGUAUGGAUAUUUGUUUUCGUAUGCUAUUUUUGAAUAAUGCUUGAAUUACAAGCAUGUGGUUUCUAUGCUACAUCAUCUGUAUACGUGUUUAACGGGUAAGAUAUUAGUUUUAUAUAUUGCCGCGUAUUUUCCAGAUCACAUGCUCAUAUUUGUCAUGUUUUACCUGAUUUGUUUUACAAAUUACGCUAAGGUUGACGGAAUAAGUUGUGCUUCUGGUUUCCAAGCACACAGUGAUGGCGUCAGAAGUAGACAAUGCACUGCCGAUGUACGACAUUGUUUGAUUACACUUAGUCGUGAAUCAACAUAUGAACCUUACAACCCACAUAGUUUUGAUUGUUGGCCAUGGCCAGAAUUGGUAAUUGUUGAAUUUAAUUCAAUAACAUCCAUGUUUCAAUUACUUAGGAAAACAAGUGUCCUACCGUUAGGGGAGUAUGCCACGUUCUUCAUAAAUCUAAGGAUGAUUUGCUCGAAACUUGCUGUUGUUAUGAUCAUAUGUGCAAUAAUGAAACUUUGACAAUCGUCCCUAUGUCUGAAGAUCUCGUUCCAGGUGAUCAUCACAAAAGUGGUCUUGAUCACUUUGGUUUACGGGUUCCUGAUAAUGAUUUGAAUGUAGUUGUAGCACCUCAGGAUUUUCCAAACUCAGGCGUUAUUUCCCCCCAGCGUUCAGAUUCGUACGAAGAUCCUUCAGAUAAUCGAUUACAGAUAGAUGCAUUAAGAAUAUUUGUCAUUUGUGGUAUAUUACUUUCAACUGUAUGCACAGUUAUUUUACUGGUGUUUUGUUUAUCUCCGCGAUAUAAAAAAGUCCGGAUGAAAUUUUUCCUUGCAUGCAAUCAUCCAUCUCCAUCUUCACAAUAUUUUCAAAACAGUUUAGACAGUCGUGUUCAUGGCGCACUAUCAAUUGUUGAUUGUUUCCAUUGUCCAAAAAGCUCGUCUUUCAAAUCAUCCUUUGCCAGUGGUUGUGUUGUAACGUAUCCUGUGAAAAAAUCGGAGAUUUCACGUCACAGUAUUUCAAACGGUGAUCAUUUACACCAAGCGGGUUCCUGUAUUGAAUCACUAGGUAGUGGAUUCGUUUUCUGUGAUAUAUCGGAAACUGAAUCGAAUGUGAAAGAAUUAGCUAAUUUGCAGCUUGUGGCUAAGUUGUGCCAUAAAGAAAAACUAAUUGGUCGUGGUCGUUUUGCAGAAGUAUGGCUUGCUAAUGUUCCUUUUUCAUUAUUUGCGCAUCAAUUAAAAAUAACUCAAGAUUUAUUAAAUUAUAAAAAUCAUAAUAACGAAAAUGGUAGCAGUAGAAAAUUUCAUCAGUCGUCAACAAAUGGAUCUAUUCUUGGUCAUAAUUCAAAUAUGAAUUCAUCUUGGCAUCUGUUAUGCUGUCAACAGGAUAGUAGAUUAACUACAAUACCUAAUACUAUGUUGAAAUGUCUCAAUCCAAAUACAUCAUUUACAUUUGUCGAUACUCACCCGGAAACAUCUCUGGAUUAUUUGUACAGUGAGAAGAGUGAAACUUCAGUUUCUUCGAAAAAAGAAACAAAAGAUCGUACUGAUGACAAGGAAAAUAUACAUCAUGCCGAAACAUCUACCUCUCCUUUAUUAUUAUCAACCAGAACAGUUUCAUCUAUUGAUGUAAAAAAUUCACUAAUAAACAAUUUUACUACGAGUGAUGAAUCCCCUAUGCCUGUGGCCGUAAAAACAUUCACUGCUAAUGAAUAUGAUGCAUGGAAAACAGAAUUGGGGAUUUUCAAGGCUAUCCAUUCAAUAAACAGACGAUUACCUGCAAUUGUUUCUAGUACUGCUCCUACUGCUCCAACUACUAUCAAUACUACUGCUACAAUAACAAUCACUACUAGUACUGCUACUAAUAAUAAUAACACUAGUAAUAAUAGCACUAUUACCACUGACACUGUCGGUACAACAAGCACUAUGAAUUCCUUCAGUAUCAAAUGUGUGCACCAAAUGUUAAGACAUAUUGGGCAUCCUAAUAUUGUUUUACUAUUAGGAGCAGGAUCGGUUCAACUUUGUCGAUCCACAAUCACAGAAUAUCGUUUAGUUAUGGAAUUCGCUUCAGGUGGUUCACUGCGUCAACUUUUAUCACAAGGUGUUUGGUUAUCAUUUACUAAAAUACUAAAAAUAUCUGAUGAUAUUGUACAAGGUCUAGGCUUUCUACACAGUGAUUUAGUGAAUAGACAACAAUCCAAUGGUCAUCAAAUUAUAUACGGUAAAUAUCCAGUGGCUCAUCGUGAUUUGAAACCAGAAAAUAUAUUAAUACGUUUUGAUGGAACUGUUUGUUUGUCGGACUUUGGACAGUCUGUAUGUCUGGCAGAAAACUCACCCAAUAGUCCAACAUCAAACAAUUCGUGUGGAACGUCGUUACAAGAUGUGUUAACUACGACGUAUUCAGUUAGUUCAGCAUUGGAGUCUAUGCCGAAGGCUGGAACUUUAAGAUAUCAGGCCCCAGAAAUUAUUGAUGGUGCUAUAUCUUUCACUGGAUGGGCUUUAUUGCGUACCGAUAUAUAUUCUUUGGGAUUGGUCUUAUGGGAGUUGCUCACAGCUGCUCUUCUACCUGUUGACCAUGAAAAUGCUUCAGAAGGCAAUUAUGAGACUCACAAUAUUGAUUUUAAGUUGAACGACUCUCCUGAAAACGCGUCCCCAUCGAUUGGUUCAGAUUUAUGUUUGAUGAAUAGUAUCCACCCUGAGUUUGACUAUCUGGACCCACACAACCCUGUAAAUGUAGAUUAUCGUGCACCAGAACAUAGAAAAAUGAGAAAGCGGCACCACUGGCUGCCCUAUGAAAAGGAACUGGGAUCAUUGUGUAAUUCUUCAGCUGCUUUACAACAGCUUGUAUGUCUGGAAAAAUAUCGUCCAGCUGGCCAUCCGUCUUGGUUUAAUUCAACUUUGAUUACUCAUUUUUAUCGUACAAUUAAUGAAUGUUGGGAUCAUGAUCCAGAGGCACGUCUUACAGCUGAUUGUAUUUUAAAACGAAUUCGAUUUUUAAAAAGUCAGAUGAAUAAAACAAAAAAAUCAGAUUAACUAAAUUGAAAAUAACACACACAAUCAACUCUAUUUAUGUAUACCUCUCAGGUUGAUUAAAAAAGAGAUAGGAAACUGGCCAGGAAUGUUAUCUCUUAAUGAACAAAAAUCAAUCUCUUCUCACACAUAAAUGUAUGAAAAACUUGUCAUCGUGUUCCUGUUAUUUUAACGUUACUUCAUUAUUUCUUCAUUUAUUUUUUUAAAAUCCAUUCCAUUGUAGGAAGUUAUAGUGAAAUUUUCUCACCUUUUUUUUCUAAACGAAGACAUUCCUUUGUUUUUCG